GUAACAUUUAAUAAACGAUGUUUCGUGCCGCUCGUAUUGCCUUGUGAUUUUUCUCCUUGUUUAUAAUUUUCACGAAAAUAACGGAAAAUGAAACAUAACUGUAAAGUUUUAUGUUAGACAAUAAGUAUAUUUUGGUGCAUAAUUUAUUUUGUGGUGACCUUUCGCGUUGUAUUUUUUCCUAAGCUGUUUAUCAUGUGUGGCGAAUGUGUCAAGAUUAGAAACAAACAUACUUUUGCUUCUUAAUACGGAUAAAUAGCGGAGCCGUUAAAAUGGAGCACUCGGACCUGGUGUCUGAGAUGGCUCAGGUGGAGCACCUCACGACACAGGAGAGGCUUCACCUUGCGAGGAGGCGUCGCAUGCAGCAGCUCAAACUAUGGCAGCAGCGGGAGAAAGAAUGGGCGCGGUCGCGGGCGAAACGGGAGAAGAGCACCAAACGGAACAUCUACUUCAGCGACAGCGUCAUGCUUCUAGAGGCCGCCGCUAGAAACGACAUCGACGAAGUUCGCCGCCUGCUCUCCCGUGGUGUGACCCCCGACGCGACCAACGAGGACGGCCUCACCGCGCUCCACCAAUGCUGCAUCGACAACAACGAGGCCAUGAUGCGACUCCUCCUCGACAACGGCGCCAACGUCAACGCUGAAGACAGCGAGAAGUGGACCCCGCUCCACGCAGCCGCCACAUGCGGGAACCUCAACUUAGUCAGAAUACUAAUCCAGCGCGGAGCGAACCUACUAGCCGUCAACGGAGAUGGAAACAUGCCUUAUGAUAUAUGCGAAGAAGAGAGAACGCUAGAUGCUAUAGAGAGCGCGAUGGCGGAACGGGGAGUAACACAGAGGCUGAUAGAUGAAACUAGAGCGGCGACUGAAAUGAGGAUGCUGAUGGAUGUCGCUGAGCUGGCUAAGGAGGGUGUGGAUUUGGAUGAACCUAGAGACAAUCAGGGAGCCACGCUGCUCCACAUAGCUUCAGCCAAUGGGUACCUGAAAGUCGUAGAGUUUCUACUAGAACACCGUGCAGCUACUGACGUGGUGGAUCACGACACGUGGCGGCCGGUACAUGCCGCAGCCUGCUGGGGACACUUGGAGGUGCUAGAAAUGUUAGUGCAAUAUGGAGCUGAUCUCAAUGUCAGGAAUAAACAUGAUGAGACGCCAGCAGAUAUUUGUGAGGAAGGUGAGAUGCGCGCGCGCAUUUUAAGACUAGCCGCGGAGCAAGAAGAGCAUCGGCGCCGAGCGCACCCGCCUGAGCGCCGCGCUGGCGCCAGGCGAUCGUCUUCCACUGCUAGUAGUAGCCGUGUUCGGUCCGUUCGACGCACCUCCCUACGCGAAAAGCAAAUGGCCGCCAAAGCAGACGCGCGAGGCGAAGCGCGCCUGAGGGAAACGUUCGACUCUGUCGUCGACGACGAUAUGCAGGGCUUAUCGAACGGCGUUGAGAAUGACCAGAACACAGCAAACAUACCUCCCGGCGAGCUCACGCACAAGCGGCUCUCCACCGGCUCCACCAUGUCCAACCAGAGCGGCGACUCUGGCAACGUGGACUACGCCCCCAAACACCAGUACCUGCACCGAGAGACCGAGGACAAAACCUUCACGCCACCCAAAAUAACCAACCCCCUGUUCGGCGUCAACGCCGCGUCACACUACGCCCCGCAACCCGUCUUAGAGGAACCCAACCACUACGAAAGACCCCUACCCAACGGCAUCAGAAAAGCCCCCGAAGGCCAAGACAACGAUGCCCUCAAAAACGAGGACGCCAUUGACGGUAGGAAAGACCUAGUAGUGAGCCCCAACCAAAUCGCCCUCACUGAGGGCGCUGCCACCUACACCACAGACAAUAAUGGUAAAAUCAAUGUUCAUGUCACCGUCAUGAUUAACGCAGGCACCCUCGCGGACUUAAAGAAGCAGCGAUCACAAAUAAGAACAAACGGCAGCCCAGUAGAAAACAGUCUACAGUCAACGAACAACCACAGUAUAACAUCACUCCCCGAGGGCGUUGGCCAGGAGGCCAUGCCGGUCCAACUGAACCCACUCACCCUGUCCCCAAGUGCGGGCACCGUACCGCGGUUCUCGGGGCACACGAGCGAAGUAGUCGGCGACACGAGAUCGCGCAGAUACAAACUUUUUCGGCACGAAGCCGCGUUUCGGAUCCGACACCGUGUGACACGCUACUGCUGUGUCUGCAGCAGGAAAUCGUGGCUGUGUCUCGUGUAGUGUCCACACACGACACAAGACUCAGUGCU